GUCGUUGGUAACAGAAUUUGAGGUUACCGUGUGGCGUGUGUUUAUUGUGUUGACGAUUGAUUUUAUUUGUUAACAAAUUGAGAUCGUUCCAUCUCGUGCUUUGGUAGUAAGAAAGAAGUAGCUGUAUUCAUCAUGACAUCUGAAAGGCCUCUCGGAGCUGUGAUAUAUCCUGCAGCAGAGCGCAACAAGUCUUUCAUUCUGCAGUGUCUGCAGCAAUACAUCACGCUACAGAGUGGGUUUGGAGUGGGGGGUCAACCCCCGAUGUUCCUGGAGGUAGCCUCCGGUACCGGGCAGCACAUCUCGCACUUUGCCCCACACUUCCCUCACGUCACCUUCCAGCCCACUGAGUACGACUUGGGCCUACUGAGCAGUAUUGAUGCAUUCAGGAAUCAUUUAAAAAUCUCAAACAUGAAGAAGGCAGCUCGUCUCGACGUAACGACUUCCCCAGACACCUGGCUUGAUGGUGGGAUUUCCCAGAGCUCUGUGGACUAUAUGUACAAUGCCAACAUGAUACACAUAUCACCCUGGGCCUGCACUGAAGGUCUGUUCAAGGGAGCCUCUUACAUACUAAAGCCAGGGGGCUACUUGUUUAUGUACGGGCCUUUCGCAGUGGACAGCAAAAUAACACCGGAAAGCAACGUAAGCUUUGACAGGUCCCUGCGAUCGCAGAAUGAAGAGUGGGGUUUGAGAGACUUGACGAGAGAGUUGGAACCUCUAGCUUCAGGCCUCGGUCUCACUUUGGUCCGGAGUCACGAUCUUCCUGCAAACAAUAAGUUCCUUGCAUGGAUGAAACAAAGAUUUUUUUAUUUCGUCAAGCGUAUUUAAUCAAGGAUAUAAGCCGUGUUUAUGUGUGUAUUUAUAGAAAAUUGCAGUCUUAAGCAGUGUUAUAAACAUGAAAAUAUGAACAUUCAAGAUGUUAGUUUUAAUCAAAACGUGUACUUCCUGUGAUAAUUUAUGUAUAGUGUUCAUGUACAUAAUCAUUGAUCACAAAUCUUGAUGAAGAAGAAAACUAACUGUAAGUUAUUUAAUAAAGAAGAUUUAUUUUA